CCUGUCUGUAUGCUGUGGGAUGCACCACCACCUUCAUCCCUGCUCCAGAGCUUCAGUUGAACUUACUCCCGAUUGGAUCUUCUUUCUGUCCAUCACAAGCCUAUAAUCAACACAAACCCUGCUUGUACGCCUAAUUCCCGUCUGGAAAAAACUAAAAACACACGUUUUCUCUGGGUUUUUAAGACGAGACACGACUCACACCGUGGGUCCUGAAUUGACUUCUGGAGGGGCACCAGAAAAUUCCAAAAGAUGACACAGUCUGUGCACAUAAGCCCCAAAUUGAAUGUGGGUUCCCCUUUUCAUUGUGCCACUCAAGACGAAAUGGAUCACGGUGCAUCAUAUUCUGUACAGACUCCAUAUGGAUUCCAGCUGGACCUUGAUUUCCUUAAAUAUGUGGAAGAAAUAGAGAGUGGCCAGACUUUACGCCGAGCAAACAUGAGCCCUCGGAGAGGAUCACGUAGUGACCGAGUCUCUCAGAGGAGUGUAGGUGGUCGCACUAGUGGCUGGACUUCUACCGAAUCACUGGCAUCAACAACCAGCGAAGAUGGUCGGUCUCUUCUCCCACCUGUUCCUCGAAGCCACAUUACAUCAGCCAGCAGGUCACAGCCACUUUCACCGUCAGUGACGAUCAGUCCCACACUACCAUCUUGUUCAAAAAUUCCACCUCCCCCACCACCACGUAACCCCAGGGUAGAGAGAACGUUACUAGAGACGAGCCGUCGACUACAGCAGGAGCAGAGUCUGUACCCAAAUGGUUUAAGCUCUCCUCUUUCAGACCUCCCUAAGGAGAGUGUCAAAGAUUGUGGAUCAAAUAGCAGCUUUUCAGUGCCUUCUCAUAUGGCUACAGAUGGUCACCUACUACAGAUUUCACCAGCUGUGCAGAAUCCCUCUACUGGUGGCUGGACCAGAUUUAGUCCUCAGAAUUCUGGGAGGAGCACCCCGGCCUCCAGCUCUGGAACAUCUUCAGUUCCCCCAGGGCAGCUUCAGACAGUGCGAGAACAGAUGGCCUUAGCCCUUCGACAGCUCAGGGAGAUGGAAGAAAAAGUAAAGGGAGUACCAGCACUUGAAAGAGAAGUGUCCAUGCUGCGUGAUGAAAAGAAUCGUCUGCUUGUGGCCCUUCAAAAGAAAACAGAAGAACUUGGUGCUCUGGUCAGUGCAAAAAACUCUGCUCUGGUAGAACCUGCAUCCUUGUCAUCAUCUAUCGAUCCCAGCAGUGCUAGUCAAGAGAAGAGGUCCCUUGAAAAAGGAAAAGAACCUUCUGUUCUGGUGACAGAGAAAAGAUCCAUAGCUGUAGGUAAUGAUGUUCCACUUAACAUUGUGGUGACUCAGGAUGUAAAAGAUGCAGCUGUAGAAACUGCCGUUGACGUCUGUCACAGAGGAAUGGAAACCGAGCCAAUGACCGUCUGUGAUGAAGAAGUUCAGGCCGAAGUCCUAACAAAUGAAGUGGCGGUCUGGGUAAUGGAAUCAUUACUUGGACUGUCAAGUGAGACUGAACAAGAAAUCGACAACCUGCAGGAGACCAUUAAGUGUCAGCAAGAGUCAGUCCAUCUCCUUGAGAGAAGAUUAACCCAGGCCAAUCAGGAUCUUGAGGAGUUAAGGGCUCUGGAGAUGGCGAGAACGUCAAAGAUCAUGUUAGAAAGAGAGAUACUUGUUAAACCAGAGACAGCUGAUGUGCUAGUGGAAACUGAGCGUUGUUCCAAAACCUCUGUAGGAGUUGGGGUUUCUGGUGCAGACUUUCCAGCAACGAAAAUUGAUCAAAGCAUUCAAACAGACUUUGUGGAACCAUCAAAUGAAAAGAUGGAGAUAAUCCAGGUUAAUAUGGGUAUUCAAUGGGAAGAUCUUUUUAGUGCUGACAAAAAAGACGAUCAGGAACAGUCUGUCUCUGCUGACGGCCCCCUGAAAUCCAUCAUGAAGAGAAAGGAUGGCAGUGGCUCGAGUGCUGCUUGCGGUGGUGGCAAGAAAAGCUUAAAAUUUGUAGGGAUUCUUAAUGGAGGCUACGAGUCAACAUCUAGUGAAGAGGAAGAUGAGGAGGAGGAGGAUGAAGGAAGUUCCUCUGAUGGAAGUGCAGCUGGCGGGUGCUCAGACAGCAGUGAGGAAGAAGCUGCAGCUCUAGAGGAAACUUCUGAUGAAGAAAGGAACAUUAAUUUGGACGACAGUGAUAGUGAUGAAAACAUAGCAGCUGUAACAGAUGAUCUUAAGGAACAUGCUGAAGUACUAAAGGAGAAGUUUGAACUGAGUUCAAAAAUGCGCGAGGCUUGCCUCAUUUUAAAGAACCACCUUAAUGAUGGUGCCAAAACAACAAAGAGUAAAGAACUGCUCUCCAGCACCCACACUGUGCAACUGGAAUGGUUCAGAGUGUCCAGUGCUAAGACGGCACAGCCGUCUCGAGUUUCCAACUACCUGAUGGCUUUCUCCGAACUUUCCCCUGCUCUGGUGCGGCACGUAGUCAACAUGACCGACGGCAAUGGCAACACAGCUUUGCAUUACAGUGUCUCCCAUUCCAACUUCACCAUAGUUGCACUCCUACUUGACACGGGUGUGUGCAAUGUGGAUAAGCAGAACAAGGCAGGAUAUACUGCUGUGAUGCUGGCAGCAUUAUCAGCAGUGAAGGAAGAGGAAGACUUUUUGGUAGUCAAGAAGCUGUUCAGUCUGGGCAAUGUCAAUGCCAAGGCAAGCCAGGCUGGUCAGACUGCGCUCAUGCUGGCAGUGAGCCACGGACGGCAGGAGAUGGUUCGAGCACUACUCGAGUGCGGUGCCAACGUGAACAUACAGGAUGACGAGGGCUCCACGGCCCUCAUGUGUGCCAGCGAGCACGGGCGUGCCGAGAUCGUCUCUCUUCUGCUUGAGCAGCCUGGCUGUGACAUUGGCAUUGUAGACAACGAUGGCAGCAAUGCCCUGUCUAUUGCCCUGGAGGCAUCCCACAAUGACAUUGCAGUGCUACUUUAUGCCCACAUGAACUACUCUAAAGCUCAGUCUGAUGUGUCCCCCAGAGCAAACCCUAGGAGUCCAUCCAGUCCUAGAAGGACAUGGCCCUCUGAGUGAUGGGGCUACUAGCUCUAAAACUGGCAAGAAGUGAACAUUUGCAGCAUUAACUACUUUUACUGAAAAACUAACAUUGUUCACAUUACAGGUUUAUAUGUAAUAAUGUUGUUUGUUCCAGAUAUUCCAUUUACACAGUGUUAUGCCUAUAUUUAGUGCAUUUAUACUAUAGUUUUUUUACUAGUGGGUAUGAAAGACAUCUGUGGAUUUUAGUCUUGUGCCAAGAGGACAAUCAAGACCCCUGUUGCUCAAUUUAAAGAUGAGGGUCACUGAUUUGAGAAGCAAAGAAUGUCUUAGCUGAGAUGAUCACUGAAAGAUUCUGGGUUCAUCAGGUUCUCACAGCGGAUUGAUGCACAGGCUAAACUGAGCUUUUGAUUUGUUCAGACUGAGCAUAGCCACUGUCCAGUUAGACCUCACAACAGACUGUAGCUUUAAAUCUGGCUAAUUCUCAGUGUUGUUUAUGAUUUUUUUUUUUUAUAAUGAAACCUAACAAGCAACAUAGCACUGACUAACUAGAAAAUGACAUGCUUGUAGACUUACUCGCUCUGGUGCAAUGUUUCCUUCUGUCAAGCACAAAUUUGCUGGACCACACCAAACUUACAAACAACAAUGUUUACAAUUGAACUGUAUCUCUUCAUUAAAAAAAAAAAAGAUAGUGCCUUCAUAAAGGCAAGGGUGAUUUCUAAUGCAGUGUAUGCUUUUAGACUUAAAGUAAAAUGUGCAUUCACUAUUAAUUUUUUUUUUUUUUUUUUUAAAGAAACCUAUGUGGGCAGGUUACAAAAAAAGCCGACUUAUAAAACCCUGUUCCUGCCUAGUAUGAUUUUUUUUUUUUUUACACUGUUCAUUUAGAAGAUUAGUAGUAAUAGAUACAUGCUUUAGACACAUAUGCAAUUUAACUGUGAAGAAAGAAAAGCAAUUACGAAGAAAAGCAGGCCACAAAUAUAGCAAACAUUUUCUUACAGUAUUUAAGAUGUCGCCUUUUGUAUACAACUGACUUUAUUGUUGCUGUAUAGGUUUAUUUAGGGAGCACAGGUCCUAUAUCAACACUAACGCCAGAAUAUUUAGCUAAAUUACAAAUAAUACCCAAAGUACAUUCGAGCACUGCAGGAACCGUAGAGUUCAAACCAGUUCCCAGAUGGUCAAGUCAGAAAAUGUUGCUGCUUUGGAAUUAAUAUCAUGGUAAGUUUGAUACAAACCACAGUAUCUGGGGGUUGCACUAUGAGCAGAGAUAAUCGUCAGUCCACUUGGUUAGUUUGUGCCACCUAGAGGUGAACAUGCACAUGAAUCCUGGGAGAUGUGGAAUGGAAAAGUCGGUAGCCUUUGCUUGAAAUAGUGGUAUCGCUUACUGUGCGCUAGAACUACACUGCAGUGAAAUUCGGCUAGGCAGGAUACUUAAACUAUUGGCACCCUGCCCAGGGUGUACCCUGCCUUGUGCCCGAUGCUGGGCCGAUCCCUGGGAUAGGCUCCAGGUUUCCCCCAUGACCCUGAAAAGGAUAACGCGGUAUAGAAGAUGGAUGGAUGGAGGAUACUUAAACUACAUCACUGCUAGUCAGUUAACGUCAACAGGCUUUUUAAAGUAACAAAGACCCUUGGUAUGACCGCUAUAAGCAAUAGAAGAUACCGCACAUAAUUAUUAUUAUUUUUUUUAAUGUUAAAGAUUGUACCAAAGAUAAUUUAACAUAGCUCUUUUAAGGUAUUUUCUCAAUCCUAAAGGCUUGUGCAUCGGACAGGAGAAGAAGAAAAAAAAAGUCUGUGCAUACUGUUUAACUUUUCACUGUUUCUUCUGCUUAUAGUAUAUUCUAGCACCACUGUAAGAGUUAAAGGUUCAUAUGCUCAUGCAAUUAUGUACUCAAGGUUUAGUUUUUUCUUUUACUAAUUAUUUCAUGUUCCUGAUUUGUGCCUAACCCAACACUGCUCCCUUUUACUGUACUAUAUUAUUGCUAUUUUUAUGUUUCGUUAUGUGCCUUGGGAUACUUAGCCACCUUAAAACAUGAAAAUAAAAAAUAAAGUUUAUUAUAUAUAAAA